UGGGUGAGCCAAACCCGUGGAUGAUAAUGUUUGCUGCGCUAUUCCGUGCUUGUCGGUUCCUUGUAUCAUCUUCAUUAGCUUGGUUGAUCGGGAAACGGAAUAUCCCCACCCCUGCACAUACCCCACUCACCAAUAUCAACCAGUUCAAGUCGGAUGGUGUGGAAUCAAUAUAUGAUGCAGUACUUUCUGAGGAUUGGGAGUCCUUCAAGUCAUGGAUGUCGAUGCAUAAUAAGAAGUACGGGAGCGAGGAAGAGAUGUUGUAUAGAUUUGGGUUAUUCAAAAAAACUUUGAAGAGGAUUGAGAAGUUGAACAAGAACUAUACUGGGUGUACCUUUGGGUUCAAUCACUUUUCAGACUUAACUUUUGAUGAAGUUCCCAAAGGCUACACAUCUUCAAAUGGAAUGGAAUUUUAAAUUAUUUACGAUCAUAAGUUGAAGCCUAUGACUUAUUAAUCUCUAAUGCCAUAUGGUUAUUAUUUAUAAUGCCCCAAACUCUUCGAGAUAAACUUUAAAGGAGACAUGUAGUAAUAUCUUUUUUAAUCUCUCUAAUUCUUAUUAUUAUA